CCAUCCCUAAAGUUAGGACAUCACUGCUCACAUGUACACUAUUGCAGCCAUAGAAAGUUAGAAAUCUCCUGAACUUGACCACAAACAAUUAUUCAUAUAUAAAUUUCUCAUUUAUUUUCAGGUUUUGGUCAUUUUGUUUUCUUUAGGUCUUUGUUGAGCAUAGGUUUUGGCAUUUGGCAGAACAAUGAAAAAGAGAGAGGAGGGGUCAUCAUAUCUACUACAGCCGCACCAGAAUCACUUAAAAACCUAAAGCCAUACCCCGGCCUUUUUGGCGGCACUGGUAAACCUUCCCCACAAACUCAUUCAAUUUCAAACCUCCCAUCAAAAACACUCAUCUUUCUCUGAAAUUCUUGGGCUGUAGAGAAGAAACAGAGAUGGAGGAAGAGGGUAUAGGGCUAGUUCUGGCGAAAGCCACAGAGCUCAGAAUGAAGAUCAGCAGCUGCUUCCACAAAGACAAUGACCCAUUACCCAAAAAGGAAAAUGGAGUCCCUGUUGAUGGUGGGUCGGGAGAUGAAGAAGGAGAUGGUGAAGAAGAUGAAGAGUCACAGAGACUUUUCAACAUUUGCGAUGCCCUUGAAGCCCUUGAGAAUCAGCUCUCUAACUUACAGACUUUGCAACAGCAGCAAAGGUACGAAAGAGAAGUUUCCCUUGCUGAGAUUGAAAGCAGCCGCAAGAUGUUACUGAACAAGAUUAAAGAGUACAAAGGGAAGGAUUUGGAAGUGAUACAUGAGGCCUCUGCUUUUGCUGGUGAAACAGUGGAUCACAGUAAUGAUCUCUUGCUUCCUCCAUAUCCAAGCCGCUCUCCACACACUUUUGUUCUUGAAAAUGGCUAUUUGCCACCUACACAUAAGCCUCUACGAAAUGGGGUCAUCAACAAUGAUGCAACAAAUGGAGCAAAGAAAAAUUUUAGUGAUACAGAGAGAUCCAAAAACUCAAUGGGAUUGCGAUCUGUUCUUAGCACAGCAGCCAAGACAGUGCUUACUCUUGUUGGUGUGGUAUCUGUACUUAGCCUGUCCGGUUUUGGGCCUAAAGUAGUGAGAAGUAAUACUGCUUUCAAUAUAUUAGGCCGUUUUAAGCAACCGCCAACUGAAGAAAAGAGAUCAACUGUUGAAUGCCCCCCUGGGAGAGUCCUUGUUCUGGAAGAUGGGAAGGCUCGAUGUGUUGUGAAAGAAAGAGUUGAAGUUCCUUUCUCUUCAGUUGUUGCAAGACCUGAUGUAAACUAUGGCUGCGGUUAGAAGUAUGCUCCUUCCAUAUUUUUGUAUAUUUUGCUUCCUUCUGAUAAGCUGUAAUGGAAUCUCUUUUCUGAUGAUCUACAGCUGCCCUAUUCUCAAGCAUAAUAAUAGUUAUGAGUUGUUAGGUUAUGUUAGUUUUGGUUAAACUUCUCCUUUUCAGUGUACAGAUAAGAGGAUCUCCUCUUUCUAGUUAAAUGAUUGCAGUGUCAAAUCUCAA